UUCACUCUACUUUCUUCAUAGGGUUUUAUCUUAUCUUCUUCAUUUUUCUUCAAUAUGGCCCCUGUUCUAAACAAGAUAACUUUAACACCAUCUUCUAUUGCAUCACUCCCACUUUUUUCAUCAAAAUCCAAUACUAGUCAUAAUAAUAAUAAGUUAUAUUUAAGAAAUGCUUUUUUGCAUCAUAAAAAAGGUAACAACUUUUCUUGUUCUGGGUUGAAAUGGGAAGUGGGUAAAAGAGGAAAUAGUGUGGUUGUUAGAUGUGAAGGUGCUGCUGUUGCUGAAAAAGAAGCCCCUGAAUCUUCGGAAGAGAAGUAUGAGUAUCAAGCUGAGGUUUCUAGACUGAUGAAUCUAAUUGUUCAUAGUUUAUACAGCCACAAAGAAAUUUUCCUCAGGGAGCUUGUGAGUAAUGCAAGUGAUGCUCUUGAUAAACUGAGAUUCUUAAGUGUAACGGACCCAUCUUUACUUGGAGAUGCUGGCGAUUUGGAGAUCCGUAUCCAACCUGAUCCAGAAAAAGGGACCAUCACAAUUUCAGAUACUGGUAUUGGAAUGACCAGAGAGGAACUAAUAGAUUGUCUUGGAACCAUUGCUCAAAGUGGAACUUCUAAGUUCUUGAGUGCUCUUAAGGAGAACAAGGAUCUUGGCAACGAUAAUAGUUUGAUUGGUCAAUUUGGUGUUGGGUUCUAUUCGGCUUUUCUAGUUGCCGAAAAGGUGGUUGUGUCUACAAAGAGUCCCAAAUCAGACAAGCAGUACAUUUGGGAAGCAUCAGCCGAUAGUAGCUCAUAUGUGAUUAGAGAAGAAACUGAUCCCGAGAAACAGCGUCGUCGUGGAACGGAAAUAACACUUUAUUUGAAGGACGAUGACAAAUACGAGUUCACAGAGCCAAGCAGGGUUCAGGGUCUGGUGAAAAACUACUCCCAGUUUGUUUCUUUCCCCAUAUACACAUGGCAGGAGAAAUCAAGGACAGUCGAGGUUGAGGAAGAGGAAGAACCAAAAGAGGGAGAGGAAACACCACCUGAGGGUGAGAAGAAGAAGAAGACAAAAACUGAGAAGUAUUGGGAUUGGGAGUUAGCCAACGAGACAAAACCUAUAUGGAUGAGAAAUCCCAAGGAAAUUGAAAAGGAUCAAUACAAUGAAUUCUACAAGAAGACAUUCAGCGAGUUUCUGGAUCCUCUUGCAUACACUCACUUCACCACUGAGGGUGAAGUGGAAUUCAGAAGUGUAAUUUAUAUCCCUGGAAUGGCGCCAAUGAACAAUGAAGAUGUAGUCAAUCCUAAAACAAAGAACAUACGUCUUUAUGUGAAGCGUGUAUUCAUUUCAGAUGAUUUUGAUGGUGAACUGUUUCCCAGGUACUUGAGCUUUGUGAAGGGUGUGGUGGAUUCUAAUGAUCUUCCUCUCAAUGUUUCUCGCGAGAUUCUUCAAGAAAGCCGAAUUGUAAGGAUAAUGCGAAAGAGGCUUGUUAGGAAAACUUUUGACAUGAUACAAGAUCUAGCUGAUAGCGAGAACAAGGAGGAUUAUAGAAAGUUUUGGGAAAAUUUUGGCAAGUUUGUCAAGUUGGGAUGCAUUGAGGACACUGGAAAUCAUAAACGAAUAACUCCACUGCUACGAUUUUUUUCAUCAAAGAGUGAAGAUGAGCUGAUAAGCCUGGAUCAGUAUAUUGACAACAUGGAUGAGAAGCAAAAUGCCAUUUAUUAUAUUGCCACCGAUAGCUUGAAAAGUGCCAAGUCUGCUCCUUUCUUGGAGAAAUUGGUGCAAAAGGGUAUCGAGGUGUUAUUUUUAGUUGAGCCUAUUGAUGAGGUCGCUAUUCAGAACCUUCAGACAUAUAAAGAGAAGAAAUUUGUGGAUGUGAGCAAGGAAGAUCUCGAGCUUGGUGAUGCGGAUGAGGUUAAAGAGAGAGAAAAUAAGCAAGAGUAUAUCCUUCUUUGUGAUUGGAUGAAACAACAACUUGGUGACAAAGUUGCAAAAGUACAAGUCUCAAGCCGUUUGAGUUCUUCUCCAUGUGUUCUUGUGUCUGGCAAGUUUGGAUGGUCUGCCAACAUGGAACGGUUAAUGAAAGCACAGACUCUUGGUGAUACUUCAACCUUGGAAUUCAUGAGGGGAAGAAGAAUAUUGGAAGUCAACCCAGACCAUCCGAUCAUCAAGGACUUAAAUGCUGCAUGCAAAAAUGCACCUGAAAGUGGUGAGGCCAAGAGGGCUGUGGAUCUCUUAUAUGAAACAGCUUUGAUCUCUAGUGGAUUCACUCCUGAUAGUCCGGCUGAGAUGGGUGGGAAGAUUUACGAGAUGAUGGCGGUCGCUCUUGGAGGAAGAUGGGGACGAGUCGAGGAAAGCGAAACUGCUGCUGAUUCAACGGAAUCAACUUUAGAAUCAGCAUCUGAAGCCACCGAGACAGAAGUUGUGGAACCAUCAGAAGUGAGGAUGGAAACUGACCCUUGGAAUACUUGAUUAGGAUUUAAGUUCAUAGAAUAAGGAAAUUGAUUAGAGGCAGAGUGGUUGAAAUUGGUGAGGGAGUAGAAUUUUUGGUUCGAAAAUUAUGUUCUUAUAUAUGUGAUGAUCGUGUUCUUAUUUAUGAAGUUAUUAUGUUCUUUAUCUCCAUGAUUGGCAUCGAGACUUAGUCAAAUUGAUGGGAGUAUUUUGUACUAGUCUUUUCAGUUACAUUAAGAUUUUAUCGAGAUGCGUUUGUCGAA